UCGGAGCUGGACUCCAGGCCGUCCUCCGCGCCGGGCCUUGGUGGCGACCUCUUCUGGCGGCGGCCACUCGGCGUCGCGCGCAUGCCCGGGAGGGGCGGACCGUUCUUCCUGCGAGGCGGCGGCACCGACGCCGCUGCUGGGCCCAAGAUGGACCUCCCAGCCCUGCUCGCCGCCCCGGCCGCGCGCGGAGGCCAACAUGGCGGCGGCGGCCCCGGCCGGCUACGCCGCGGCCCGGGACCGCCCCUGAGCGCGGGCCCGGGCCGCCGCCGCCUGCUGCUGCUACGGGGCCCGGAAGAUGGCGGGCCCGAGCCGCGGCGUGAGGAGGCCCCGGGGCCCAGCCCGCCGCCCCCCGAGGACGGCGGCGACGCCUUCGUGGUGCUGCUGGAGGUGGCGCGCGGCGCCGCCGCCGAGGCCCCGGGAAGGCGGGAGGCCGAGCCCAGCCCCGGCGCGAGCCCCGCCGGCCGCCCUGAGCCGCCCGGCCCUGGCCCCGUCCCGGCCGCCGCCCCCGGCGCGGCCCUCGCAGGCGCCGUCGCCCUCGACCGCCGGGACCUGCUCGUGCGCCUCGACCGCGGCGUCUUCACGCUGGCGCCGCCGCCCGCGCCGGGGCCGCCCGCGCCGCGCCCGCCCGCGCCCCCGGGCCCCGCCGCCGCCGGCCGCCGCGCGCCCCCGGGCUACCGCUGCCCCGAGCCGCAGUGCGCGCUGGCCUUCGCCAAGAAGCAGCAGCUGCAGGUGCACCUGCUGACGCACGGCGGGCCCCAGGCGCGCCGGCCCUUCAAGUGCCCGCUGGACGGCUGCGGCUGGGCCUUCACCACCUCCUACAAGCUCAAGCGACACCUGCAAUCGCACGACAAGCUGCGCCCGUUCGGCUGCCCCGUGGGCGGCUGCGGCAAGAAGUUCACCACCGUGUACAACCUCAAGGCGCACAUGCGCGGCCACGAGCAGGAGAGCCUCUUCAAGUGCGAGGUGUGCGCCGAGCGCUUCCCCACGCACGCCAAGCUCAGCUCGCACCAGCGCAGCCACUUCGAGCCCGAGCGGCCCUACAAGUGCGACUUUCCCGGCUGCGAGAAGACCUUCAUCACGGUGAGCGCCCUCUUCUCCCACAGCCGCGCGCACUUCAGGGAGCAGGAACUCUUCCCCUGCUCCUUCCCCGGGUGCAGCAAGCAGUACGACAAGGCCUGCCGCCUCAAGAUCCACCUGAGAAGCCACACAGGUGAAAGGCCAUUUAUAUGUGACUCGGACAGUUGCGGCUGGACCUUCACCAGUAUGUCCAAACUCCUGAGGCAUAAAAGGAAACACGACGACGACCGGAGGUUCACCUGCCCCGUGGAAGGCUGUGGGAAGUCCUUCACCCGCGCAGAGCACCUGAAAGGGCACAGCAUCACCCACCUGGGCACCAAGCCCUUCGAGUGCCCCGUGGAAGGGUGCUGUGCUAGGUUCUCCGCUCGCAGCAGUCUCUACAUUCACUCCAAGAAGCACCUCCAGGACGUGGGCGCUCCCAAAAGCCGCUGCCCCGUGUCCAGCUGCAAUAGACUCUUCACCUCCAAGCACAGCAUGAAGGCGCACGUGGUGCGGCAGCACAGCCGGCGCCAAGACCUGGUCCCUCCCCUGGAGGCGCCGAGUUCGCUCACCCCCAGCAGCGACCUGAGCGGCCCCGGGCAGAGCGAGCUCAGCAGCUUGGACCUGGCCGCCCUCUUCUCGGAGCCACCCGCCAGCGGAGGUGCAGCGGCCGCAGGGUCGGAGGAGGCGCUGAGUUCUGGAAUCCUCACCAUCGACGUCACUUCCGUGAGCUCCUCCCUGGGAGGGACCCUCCCAGCUAACAGCAGCUCCUUGGGGCCCAUGGACCCCCUGGUCCUGGUGGCCCACAGUGACAUUCCUCCAAGUCUGGAGAGCCCCCUUAUCCUGGGGACAGCGGCCACAGUGCUCCCGCCGGGCAGCUUCAGCGUGGAGGACGUGCACACGGUGACCACGGGACCCGUGGGCUGCCUGGUGGCCCUGCCCGUGGGCCAGGACCCAGCGGCUUUGACCUCCAGUGGCAACUUAGCAGCACACACCACCACCCCGGCCUCCACCAGUGCCCCCGAGCUGCCAGCCCCCAUCAAGGUGGAGAGGGACCCGCCUGCGGCCCCACAGCAGGCAGGCCACGCGCCACCCCCACCAGUGUCCUGCAGCCCCCCGGAGCAGCACAGUGCCCAGGACACAGAGCCCGCUGCCAGCCCCGGCGGCCUCUACCUGCUGUGUGACGUUGGGUUCCCUCGUGUCCCUGAGUACAAAUGGUGUGUGGUGACUGGGCCCCAGGAAAGUGGGGGCUCAGCAAGAACUGAUUCCCGGGCCGUGCAGCUAGCCCAGGAAAAAAAGGAAGGAGCGGCCCGCCGUGCAGGAACAUCGGCUGACGGGGGAUUCCAGGUGGGCGUCUGCCUUCCCAUUGCCCAGGAACCCGGAGGGACAGCAGGCUCCGCGUGUGCCAGAAGGGACAGUGAACUUGGUGACAGAGGCCCAGGGCUUCUGUGUCACAGUAAGAACACGAGCGAGAGACAGACGGGGGACAUGCCAGAAGCAGGCUCCCCCGGGUGUGGUCUGGAGGCACAACCCAUGUCCCUGGGGCGGUGCAGAACCCAGACCAGACAAACCAGGGCACUUGGAAACCCGUGGGCAGGAGCCCACGAAACAGCCUUUACUGUUUCCUGACUGUAACAUGUAAGUUACAGAGUGAAAAUUACGUGGAAGACAAAACCUGCCAAACAAUUGAGUAAGAUGAGAAAUAAAAGCUGGUCAUACUUAGUCACUCCUGAGCAGGUGACUUCUCUGUAAAAUCAGUCAAGCACCUACUUAGGCUGCAGUGGAAAUUAAAUGAGAUAAUACAUGCAAAGUCCUCAUAAGCACUCAGAAUAUGAGCUGCCCGUCACUGGGCGUGGAAGAGGACGUGGCAGGAGCUGGGCUCAGGCCUGUGCCACAGGUGGCUUCCUGUGAAGUCACAAAGUUCAGUGGAGUCGGCCUCUAUUUCAGGAGGAAAUAAGGGACAGUCCUAAGAGGAGUCAGAUCCAGAUUUUGAUGCUUUUCUGUGACCAACCAAAUUCAGAUUUGAAAGAAGUUUCAUUUGGGGCCAAAACAAAUCUACCCUAGAGGGUGCACCCCCAGACGGUCCGCCUUCACUAGUCUGAGCAGAUUGAGCGAGGAUAAAAGGAAGCCCGGGGAAAUGGCCCAGUCAGUAGGGAACGGAAAUAAACGUCUCUCGUAAGCUAAAUGGUGGUCACUGAGAAUACUUACCACAAAGUGACCAUUUUCCAAGAAAACAGCAGUCGCCAUCAUUCAAAAAUGAGAAUGAGCCUGGCGAGGUGACGCACGCCUGUCAUCCCAGCAGCUUGGGAGGCUGAGGCAGGAGGAUCGCAAGUUGGAGGCCAGCCUCAGCAACAGCGAGGCCCUGAGCAACUCAGGGAGACCCUUCUCUAAAUAAGACGCAAAAUAGGUCUGGGGAUGUGGCUCAGGAGUUGAGGGUCCCUGGGUUCAAGAAUGUCAACAAGAAGCUAGUGUUUGAGCCACACACUGACUGGUCACACAGGCAUGUGGCAUGUGCAGCACGAGCUGUCCCCGAGCUCUGAGAGAUGGAUGCUUCCCAGGACAAGCCGGACGAGAUGCCCCUCAAAAAGAGCAGCAGACUGGUGGCUUAUGGGAUGGGCUCAGCAACACCCCUGAGACCCGGGAACACAGGUGACCUUUCUCACCCCCAGGGUCUAAGGGGACGUUAGGCAGGGCUAGCCAGCCCUGCAGUCAGGGGUCAGUGGGGACUUGGUGAUUUUCCUAACAGAUCUUGUGUUUGAUUUUAAAAAUGGACAGCGGUCAGCGGUGGAAAUGAGAAUGCGUGAUAAAGAUCUCUGUAGCCCAAGCCCACAGCCUGCCUUGUGCUUCACGGUGACAACACCGGCACCACACGGGAAUCCCCAGGUGGCCCUGUCCCUGGCGUUGUGUGGCCUCCCGGGGCUGCUGGCCACUGAAGGAAACCAAGAGAAUAACUUGGACCCCUGCCUCCGGUCAGUCAAGGGAGCCAGUCACCAAAGACCAGGUGACACUAAUGGGUCAUGUGACAAGACCGAGGGAGGAAGGAGUAGAGGGGACAGGAAAGGCCAUACCUGCAGGCGUGGAGGAGGGGCAGCGCCCUUGGCCAGGGAACAAGCAGACCAGGAAGGACCUGAGGCCUGGUCAUAGAGGAGGGGACAUUGUCGUAGAGUGGAGGAGGCUGGGUUGUUCGGGCCUUGUAGGCCAUUCUCACAACUCUGGCUUUCCAGUGGGAAUUGGAGGAGAAAACAUUAGAGGGGCUAAAUAGAAAAAGGACCUCCCCAGACGAGAUAUGGUGGCCCACGCCUGUCAUCCCCACAGCUCGGGAGGCUGAGGCAGGAGGAUGGCCAGUUCAAACCCAGCCUCAGCAACAGUGAGGCCCUAAGUACCUCAGGGAGACCCUGUCUCUAAAUAGAAUACAGAAUAGGGCUGGGGACGGGGCUCAGGGGUUGAGGGCCCCUGGGUUCAAUCCCCAGUAACCCCCUGCCCCCCAAAAAAAGUACAUCCUGUCUUUUAAAGGUCGUAGUGGUGACUCUUGGAGAUUCACAGAUGGGACAGGGUGCCAGUAGGGGUUUUUCUCCCCCAUCCAGUAAAGACAGGAGUGGCUGAGAUCCGGGGGGCGACUGAACACGAGGAUUCUGAAGGGAGAACCCCAGGACCUGCUGACAGAUGUGGGGUGUGGGGAACCCAUCAUAGAACUGCCAGCCCUCCACAGCGUUGUACCAGGGUCUCAUUGGAAAACCCAGGACUUCAGGACCACGUGGGCAAGAAUGGCCAGGGAGUGGCACUGUGGUCCUCUAGACUGUCACAAGGCCACAGCAGCUCCACAUGGGAAGGGUGCUGGUGUCCCACAGGCAGAGCCAGCAAACCAGCAUCCAGCAUAGUGACAAACAGACCCAGGACCAGGGCCAUCUUCAUAUAUGGAGAAGGUGGCUCUUCAUGUGAUUGACACAUACAGCCCAGCCUUGGGGAAAACGAGUGAGUCCCCUACAGAAUGACUGAAGAUAAGGCUGGCUGUGGUGCCCGCCUGUCAUCCCAGCAGCUCGGGAGGCUGAGGCAGGAGGAUUGCAAGGUGGAGGCCAGCCUCAGCAACAGCGAGGCCCUAAGCAACUCAGUGAGACCCUGUCUCUAAAUAAAAGGUCUGGGGACAGGGGUUAGCACCCCAGGUUCAAUCCCCGGUACCCAAGGGGGGGAAGAAAGAAAUAAAUGGAAAUGAGACAGAAGUCCAGGGCCAGCCCAGAAGGACAGGAAGCUUCCUCGCGGACUUAGCUGGACAUUACUGGACGGUCGUUCGAUGUCUCCACAAGCAAAAACUAAUACUAGUCACGCUGACGUUGCCUCCUCCAGUUGCACCUUUGCAUCUCGCGGUGGAACCUUCUAGGGCUCCGUAUGAAGGUACCCGUGCCCAUGGCCACUCUGCGGAGCUGCUAGUGAGGGGACAUUGCCAAGUCAGAUGGUCAUGAAGCCAUGCACGUGCUCCUGUUCGGGGUGAACCCACGUUCCACACACACGCUGGUGUGUCCCCAGACCGGAGCCUCUGCUUGCCGAGAGAGGGACACAACAGGACGCAUGGGUUGUGGGCUCCUCCCCGAAGGUUUUGUCAUGACCACGUCUGCUGCUUGCAUCUGAGAACACGUGGAUUGUGACAUUAAAAAAUCAACUUCGUAACAUGUCCCCAGGCCCUUCGGUGUCCCCACUCCCCCCAGACGCUGAGGCACGGGGUCCCUUCUUGGACAAGAAGGGACAGAAGCCAGGUCAACAAGCCUGUGCCUCCUACCAUGUGUCUUAGUAGCACUGCGGUGGCUGGCAGAGGGGUGAGCUGUGCCCUGAUGUCAUAGCUCUCACAUUCCCAUGGAGAAUUUGGGUGGAAUUGAGCUUUAAAAGUCGAUCUGUGGUCUGAUUUAUUUACUUAUUUAUUUUUGGUACCAGGGAUUGAA